AUGGCUGGUAAAAUGGUAGGUGGAUUUCAAGAUUUGCUGCCAUUCAUGGCCGAUAAACUCGGCGGGGAUGGAUUAAUCGGGGAGCUUUGUAAAGGGUUUAAUCUGUUGGUUGAUAGGGAAAAAGGGCUCAUCACCUUUGAGAGCCUGAAGAAAAAUUCGGCCCUUUUGGGGCUGCAAGAUUUGAGGGACGAUGAGUUGCAGAGCAUGGUGAGGGAAGGAGAUAUCGACGGCGAUGGGGCCCUCGACGAGAUGGAAUUCUGUGUGCUGAUGUUCAGGCUAAGCCCUGAGCUGAUGCAGCAAUCCGAGGCCCUAUUGGAGGAUGCUCUAGAGCAGGAGUUAAGGGCUGCUCGUGAAUGCUGUAAAAGAAAGUAG